AUGCCGGAGCGUCCUUCUCCGCACCGUUGCCGGUACAAUGUUCCGUAUCCAACAUUAUAUGCUAUAGAAUCAAAAAACAAAGACGCUAAGCUCUUCAACUGCGUUCAGAGAGGUCAUCAAAACUCGCUAGAGAUAAUGCCAAUGUACUUCAUACUAAUGAUCCUUGGUGGAAUGAAACACCCUUGCUUCUGUGCUGGUUUGGGUUUGCUUUACAAUAUCACUCGAUUCUUCUACUUUAAAGGUUACUCUACUGGAGAUCCAAUGAAACGCCUCACCAUCGGCAAAUACGGUUUUUUGGGAUUGCUUGGUUUGAUGAUCUGUACCAUCUCGUUUGGUGUCAGUCUGAUCCGUGGUUGA